UAACGUUGUGCUGAAAUAAAUCAGUCAAAAUCAAUGGCAGGUCUUAAUACCUUGCGGCAACUGGUGGGACUCUUGCCGGAGGUUGCCGACCGCCGAGCUACCCCUGUUCCCUUCCGGAACAAGGCGCUGAACACGAUCACGUCGGUCCUCGUCUUCUUGGCCGGCAGCCGGUUGCCGCUGUAUGGGCUCUCGACCACCGCGUCUCCGGACCCCUUUUACUGGAUCCACGCGGCUAGCGCCUCCAACGGCGGCACUGUCAUGGCUCAAGGGGUAUACCACUUGCUGGUAUCCGAGCUGGUCAUCCACCCCUUGUUCGGACUGAAGAUUGUCAGGGACAAGAUUCCCAUGGAAGAACGCAUGCAGUUCAUGGAUAGGUCCCAGAAGUUACUGGGCAUACUGUUAGCCAUGGUGUCUGCAGUUUGCAAUGUGUUUUCCGCGGGGCAACUCGGUCCGGUGAAUGCGACUCUGAUCGCGCUCCAGCUUUCUGCUGGAGGUGCCAUUGUCAUUUACCUUGAUGAGGCCCUUAAAAAGGGGCACGGACUGGUAUCUAGUGGCAUUGCUCUCUUCACUGCCACCAACAUCUGCGCGUGUUUCCUGGAGACAUAUGGAGGAGACAAGAUCGUCAUUCCUGCUGGCACGUGUGCAUUCCUGGCGCUCACGGUGAGACUACAAGGCUUGCAUCUCCCAUUGGCAGUGAGGACACAUGGUGUUGACCCUGCGUUGCAAGCCAACUGCAGCGUGAACCUAUCCUACCUCUCCUACAUGCCCAUCGUGUUUCAGGGUGCCAUUGCUUCAAGCAUGUAUUUCAUCUCACAGCUGUUAUACUUGCAAUACGGCGAAAAUAAUAAUGGAGUGGUCAAGCUCCUCGGCAGUUGGAAGCGGGAUAGUCGGUACCCUGGACAACUUAUUCCCAUCGGCGGGGUCGCACACUACGUAACCAAUCCACCAGCCUGGGCUGACUUAGCAAGAGACCCUGUCCAUGUGACACUCUAUGCCGUCUUGCUGCUGAUGGCAUGCGCUCUUAUCUCGGCAACAUGGUUUGGUGUUCGUGUAUAUUCGAGAAAAUAUGUGGCCAGGUUGCUCGGGAGGCAAAUACCUGUGACGCCUGCUCAGCCCGGCUCCAUUCCCAUGACCCGAUGGAAGCGUCAUGUUGCCAUGAUAGCACUUCUCGUCGGGCUUUGCGUCGGUGCGCUGACUCUCAUGGCAGGUUUCAUAUGUGUGCCUGGUUCCGGAACUGGAAUUAUGCUCGUCGUCACCGUCGUGUGUUCCUACUUUGAAAGGAGAACUGGAGAUCAGGCUGCUGAUGUAUUUCUGCCUCUAAGCGGACUAGCUCAGAAUCAGUUCAUUAGAGAUGAAAAACAAGCAGAAUCAUUUAAAAUAAUACUCUUUAUUAUAAGAGAGAAAAUCAGCUCUUUAUCCAAACAUCUCCCAAACUUUGUGUCAUACAAGUCGAAACACCAUAAUACUAAGAAAAAUAAGUGAAUAUUUUUUUGAAUAGUUUUUAGUGCUUACCACAAUGUCACGUUGUAAAAAGAAGUGAAUGUUAAAUGUAAGUCGAAUAACAGCCAAAUAAAAAAAAAUAGUGGAAGAUGAAGCCAUCAACCCCAC